AUGUCCUCUUUAGAUGAAAAUCUGCUCGUAGACGUACCGCACCUGGUCGCCGUCAGUCAGGAUGGCCUGUUCGCCGUCCAAGUACGACUUGAGGAACGGAAUGCUGUACAGGUAUCCGGUACAGAAAAUAACAUAGUCGAUUCCGGUAACCGUUUCUCCAUCAACGGUUACGACAGACCGGUCAGCAACGUUGUACUGGUCCACUUUGCCGAUCUGCGCAACGUCGUUGAUUAG